AGCCACCAAAGGGUGAAAACGGCAACACUGGUAGCUGCAUAGAUUGUAUAUAUAUGAGUGACCCCGACACUGGCGCGGUUCAGUUCCCGCUGAUACUUAAAGGCGCGAGCAGCAUUCUAAAUUGCAAAAACAAAUAAAAAGAAGUUAUUUAAAACCGGUUAGUUUAUUAAGUUUAAUUACAGUCUAAUAUAAGUGCAGUAAUUAAAACGCAGUGAUUGAAAAAUAAUGUUGCGCUAAGAGAAGUAAAUGAUUUAAAAGUGGUUUUUAAGCCAAGGAGCAAAUCUUGCCCUUCAAACGUGUUAUACAAAGCGUUUUACGUACUAUUUUAUUCGAAAACUUCGCUAAAACACGUACUUUUAAUAAAGAAAUACUAAUUUUUUUGUUCUGAAAAUAAUUAACUUAAUUUGAUUGGCUACGUGUGCAGCAGAACAUGUCUGGUAUGCUAAUAUUUAGUGCAACCUGUUAGAUAAAUUUUUUUGUUUUUGUUUAACUAACUGAAUACGGCAGUUGUGUUGACUUGUGAAACAGUUGGUUCAUGACUGUCUUGACCGUUAUUCACUUCAAACACAGUCAAGGGCGUCAAAGAUCAGACUAGUCAAAAACAAGCAAAAAGCACAACAUUAAACUAAGUACGCAUAAGCAGAAUUUCGCAGUUAAUAGCACAAUAAAAAUAAAUCAAAGAUAUUAAGUUUGACGAAAAUAAGUUGUGAGCAAAAAUAAAUAAGUUUUGCAAAACCAAAAUAAACAGUGAGGCGUAAAAGUAACAGAAUAUGGGCGUAACAUUGGAAGUGAAAAAUGGCAAAGACACCAACGAAUUGGGUGCAGAUGUUGAGGGAACAGGUGUUAGCAAGACUCACCGCACAAGUAACUUAGAAACGGCUACUCAUCUCUUCAAAGGUAAUGUGGGCGCUGGCCUUUUCGCCAUGGGCGAUUGCUUCAAGAAUGGUGGUCUAGUCGGCGCUACAGUGCUUCUGCCUAUUCUGGCGGUUAUUUGUGUGCAUUGCGAACGCUUAUUGAUCGAUGGCUCGAUUCUGGCGGUGGAGAAGGCGCCAGGCGUUGAAUUCUUUGAUUAUCCAGAUACAGUGGAAAAAGUGUUUGAAUGUGGACCACCACCCAUGCGAAAAUUGUCUAAACUGAUGAGAACAAUUGUGGAGACUUUCUUGUGUGUGACACAAUUUGGUUUCUGUUCGAUAUAUUUCGUCUUCAUUACGGAAAAUUUGCAUCAGGUUCUUGUUCAAAAUGGCAUUGACAUCAGUGCGACUACUACAAUGGCCAUCACCCUACUGCCUGCAAUGAUACCAUCUCUGCUCACCAAUAUCAAAUAUAUUUCACCAGUUUCGAUGUUGGCCAAUUUUGCGUUACUCUUCGGCCUCUUUGCCACGCUCGGGAUAGCGCUGAAAGAUCCAUUACCCUCACCAAGUGAACGCCAUCUAAUAACUAGUCCCUCCCAAAUGGCAUUAUUCUUCGGCACUGCGCUAUUCUCAUACGAAGGAAUUGCUCUGAUUUUGCCUUUACGCAACAAAAUGCGAAAUCCAGAAAAUUUCACGAGAGUCUUUGGUGUGCUAAAUAUAACUAUGGUAAUAGUAACGGCACUCUUCAUUUUCACCGGCUCCAUUGGAUAUCUGCGCUGGGGUGAAGAGGUUGAGGGCAGCAUUACCUUGAAUUUGAAUCCAAAUGAAAUAUUGUCGCAGGUCGUUAAAAUCGUGGCCGCAAUGGGCGUAUUUUUCGGUUACCCUAUACAAUUCUUCAUUCUAAUCAAGAUCAUCUGGGCUCCUACGAAGCAGUCGUGCGGCGCUGCACAAAAGUAUCCAAUUACAUUUCAAGUAUUGCUGCGUUUCUUUAUGGUUUUGUGCACAUUUGGCGUUGCUGUCGUUGUCCCAAAACUUGGACUCUUCAUUUCGCUUAUCGGCGCACUCUGCUCCACGUCAUUGGCCCUAUUAAUACCGGUAAUUCUCGAUUUUGUAAUCCGUGCUGGAGUGCCCAAAUCCCUGACCACUUGGGUUUACCUGAAAAACAUGGCGAUUAUAUUGGUUUCUCUAUUAGGUAUUGCCACUGGCACUUAUCAGAGUAUUGUGGAGAUAAUUAAAGAAUUUUAUGAUUAAAUAUUUAGUAUACGAGCGCUGAGAUAGCAGAAUACUUGAACAUCCAUUGAUAAUAAGUUUGUUUGUAUGUAAAUACAUAUAUAUUCAUGUAAGAAAUGUUAGCUUUAUGUAAGUGCGUAUGCAAUGAAGUAGAUUGAUAAGUAUACAAUAUUGUUAAAACAUAUUUUUUGUAAAUAUUACAUUGUACUCGUAAAUGGCUGAUAAGAAAAAAAAAUUUUUUUUUUGUUGUUUUUGUCUUAAUUUUUUGUUUAUUCAUUGUUCUUAUUUUGUAUCGAGUCCACUUAAUUGUGCUCUUCAAGAAUCGCUUUGAGAAUUGUGUUCCAAUGCCGAGUCACUUGCGUAGGCUGUGAACCAAUUGUUUUGUUAUGCAUCUGUGCUCGUAUGGAAUAGUAGCUUAUGUUAAACGGCCGGCUUUAGUGAAAUGCGGCAUCGCAGCAUAUAUACGAUGGAGAACGACUCACUGACGCCGAGCCGUUGAAGAACUUUGGCAAAUAAAUGUGGAUGAAAUAGUUCCGAUACUAGCGAGACAAUAUUCUUAUUAAGUCGCAUCAAAAAAUUCCUUGUCGUUUAAAGAAUAAAGGGAAUGUGCCACAUUAUACUAAAGCCAGCUUCGCGACAUAAGCUACUAUUCCAUACGAACACCGACGUACAUAUAUGUAUUGUAAUAUUUUUAUUGCUUGAGAAUUUUUAUUUUCUAAGAUUUUUACACUAGAUGAAGCUGUGCUAAGAUUAACACUGUGUUACUUGUUUUAAUUGAAAUGAUUAACAAAUAUUUACUUAUUUAGAAUAUAUUUAAGUGUUAAGUAUUAUUGUUGUUGAAAUUUUAAGUAUUUGUAAGAAAUGUGUAUUAGGAGCUUAAAAACAAGCACAAUUUCAAGGAAUUAAGAGAUAUUUUUUAUAUUAAUCGUAAUUAUCAGAAAUAAAAUUUUAAAUAAGAGCGAAUACUUAACAAGAAAUUCCAGCAAUAUUGUUCUUCUUCUUGUUUGACGCUGCAAGCGAUAUUGACCAUCGCACACUGGGAUUUUUGGUGCGCUUUUAUGCUUGAAAUAAAAAAUGUGUAUCAAUGAAUAAAACUUUGCGUCAAAGGCAAAAAAAAAUUCUAUUUUACGUUAACUAUAAAUUGGUGUUCCAUAGUGUCGGUCGUAACAUUUGUACGACUUUAGAAUAAAAAAAUUUAUCGUACAAAAACGGAAAUUACUUAUA